AUGUCUUCCCAACACUCUGCUGCCAACUCUCUUCCUCGUGAAGAACAAAGCCCUCUUACCGAAGUUGGUAUUCCCUCUCCUGUUCUGAAUGAACAGACACAUCUCACCGAAAUUGGUGACAUUUCUCCUCUCCUUGGAUCCACCGCUCUUUCCAUCGAUGGUGAUAUUGAAAUGAUAUACACCAGUCUUGAUUCCUUGCCACCUCUUUCAGUUGUUGGUUCUGUCCCUCCUACUCCUGUGCCUACCGUCCCAUCAGCCGUUAAUAGCAACACUAGUAGUUCCAUCACUUUGGAAAUGUUGUUAGCUUCUGCGAAGGAAGACCUUAGCAUAAAGAAGAACAACUUUUAUGUGGCUUAUGCUAACUAUGUGGCUCUUUCGAAGGUCAACCCCAUGUCAGACGCGGCCAGACAUGCUUCUUCCAUUAAAAAGGAAGCUCAAGAAUUGUUUGAGGAUGCCCAGAAGACCCUCAAGGUGCUUGAAAAAGCCAACGCCCCUCCUGCUAUUCUUGAAGACAAGAAGAGCAUGGUAGUCCCUAGCAACUUACCUUUCUUGCAGCUCUGCACGGAAACCAGGGUGAAGCAAAAUCGUGACGUGUUUGACUCUGUGUACGAUUUUUGCCAAGAAUUCACUAUGGUUUUAGAGUCUCAUUCCCUGUCCUUGGACUCAUGCUGGGAGCGUCUGCUUCCCAUAUGCCUGAACAAGGAGGAAAGAUCCUGGUUUGAAGACAAACUAAAGGGAAAGGCGUACAAGUGGAAGAAGGCAGAAGGGAUUCUGCUGGAUCACUAUGAUACUCCUUUCAGAAGAUUUCUGAACAUGGGUCGCGUGUGGAAAAUGAUGCAGAAGAAAGGUGAGUCAGUUCGUGCGUUUGGAGCUAAAUUUCAAACAGCUAGAAGACAAGCGUCCUUGGAGGAUGGUAUCCAGAUGGUUCUUUGUUUCUGGUGGAACUUGCGCCCGGAAGUCCGGGAAGCAAGCCUGAUCCCAUUGUCGGCCAACUAUGGCACCAAACUGCCCUCCAAAGUGGAGGAUAUAAUCUCGUUAGUCAGUGUAGCCACUAGCGAUUCCACGGUCCUACUCAACCAACCUGCGGAGUCUGGCACCCCUGCCAAAUGGAAGUCAUUUGCCGAUGCCCAUAGCAUCUCCUCUUCAAUAAGCCACAAGGGAAAGAAGAGAGCUAUUGCCAGGGACAAUGAUCCUAAGCACGCCAAGAAGUCUUGGAAUUUUAAGAAGGCAAUCAAAGAUAAUGUUUGCUUUUCUUGCAAAGGUGCUUGGGAGAAGGGUCACACCUGUCCUGAAAGGGAUAAUUACUUGACAAAGGUGUCAAGAAUGGCUGUGCGCUCAUCUGCUGAUAGAUCAGUAGCUUCCUCCCCUACUUGUGGUGGUUUCCCCCCUUCUCGUGAUAGUCAUUUCUCUGUUCGUGGCAACUCUUCCCCUGUUGGUAGUUCCUCAACGUCGUGGUCGAUGGACCAAGAUAACACAAGUGCUUUGGCCAAGAUGGCCUUGAAUUAACCAUCGCCUUGUUGGACUGUGGCGCUACAUUCAGUUCUGUGGAUAAGAAUUUUUGUUUACAGAAUAAAAUAUCUAUUAAUUAUGUAAAUCACAUCAACAAAGAUUUAGUGAACAAUUCCAAUGUUCAUAAGUAUUUUAUUCGUUUGGCUGAUAGCAAUACACAUAUUAAAAGAAUUGGCACUUGUGUGAUCAGUAUAACUUGU